AUGAGAUUUACAAACGGCGCUGAUCCGUCCCCCGCGGGUAGCAGCAUCGGAAAUGGGCUGCAAAUCCGUAACGGAGCUCGCGCUGCUGCUAAGCUUUACCAUGGACAUGAUCGGGAAGAAGUCACUCGCCUAAUCUUGCAAACAUUGCAGGACUUGGGCUAUGCCUCAGCAGCAACAGCUUUCGAGCAAGAGUCGCACACAUUGGUGGAGAGUUCAGAAGUGGCAGCAUUCAAGGAAUCGGUGUUGCAAGGAAACUGGGACAAGGUGGAGCAGUUGCUGUCUUUGCUUGAGUUUCAGCAAGAAGGCGAUGCGCCAAACGCGCUGUUCAUCGUAAGGGAGCAAAAGUAUCUCGAACUGCUCGAGCAGCGUAAUGUACCCGGUGCGCUACAGGUGCUCCGCUCGGAGCUGACGUCUCUGACAACCACUCUGAACCAUAAUGUUCCUCGCUUGCACUUUCUUUCAAGCCUCAUGAUGUGUCUGUCGUCCGAAGAUUUGUAUGAGCAGGCUCAUUGGGAUGGCGCGAGCGGAACUUCAAGGAGGAUGCUGUUGGGAAGAUUGCAACGUUAUGUGUCUCCUUCCGCCAUGAUUCCCGAACAUCGAUUAGCGACCCUUCUCGAUCAGGCAAAGGCCCACCAGGUCUCCGAGUGUCUCUACCAUAAUUCUGCGCAGCCAAUUUCUUUGUUCGAUGACCAUGAAUGCGACAAGAACGAGUUUCCGUCCACUACGAUCGAGGUAUUGGAAGGCCACAAGGAUGAAGUGUGGUUUGUCAAGUUCUCCAACAACGGAAAAUUCCUGGCCAGCGCCUCCAAAGAUCGUACGGUGAUCAUCUGGGACGUGGAGGCUUUCGAAAUCCUGCAUGUUCUCGAGGGGCAUGACGAUGCUGUCUCAUACGUCGAUUGGUCUCCGGACGAUUCUAAGCUGUUGACAUGUGCAACUGAUCAUAACGUUCGCCUGUAUGACGUCCGCACUGGCGGCCUUGUUCGUGUGUUCCAAGCACAUCACGAACCAGUUAGCUCCUGUGCAUGGCUUCCCAGCGGGCAGGGGUUUAUCACAGGUAGUAUGGAUGGGGAGAUCGUUAUGUGGAACCUCCAGGGUGGUAUCACGCAUAAGUGGUCCGGGUCUCGUAUCUAUGACUUGGCUGUCUCGAUGGAUGGCACGCGGCUGGUCUCAAUCUGUACCGCCAAGAAGAUGCAUAUCUACAAUCUCAUCACCAAAGUAACCGAGGCAAGCGUAGCUAUGCCAAGUGACUUGACCUGCGUCACAAUCAGCAAGGACUCGCGUUACGCACUGAUCAAUGUUGCUACAAAGGAGGUGCAUCUUUGGGAUCUUGAGCGAGUUCGGCUCGUCCGAAAGUUUAGUGGCCAGGUGCAGGGAAAGUACGUCAUCCGCUCAGCAUUCGGGGGGCUGAACGAAGCAUUCGUGAUCAGCGGUAGCGAAGAUGCUUGCGUCUAUGUUUGGAACAAAGAGCACGGCACCCUUGUGGAGAAGCUUAAAGGGCAUGUUGGCACGGUGAACAGCGUCUCGUGGAAUCCGUCCAAUGUGUACAUGUUCGCUUCGGCAGGGGAUGAUAAGACCGUUCGAAUUUGGUCAAAGUCACCAGAGUUGAGGGGCAGAAUGUAG